CCUAUUACCUACAGUUCUCCUUAGCUCUGAAUUGUCACGGGCAUCUUCGGCCUUCCUGGGAAUCCCAGCCCUGCCCAGAAACCUCAGGACCAGGAGGAAGGACCUUCCCCAGACAGUCUGGAACAACUUGGACCACCCAUGGAGAGGGAAAGUCAACCAGCCAUGAGAAGCCCUGGACUGUGGGCUCUUCAGCCUUGGAGGUCUAGGAGCAGAGAGAAUUGAGGCUGACUGGGCAGGCACUGGAUGGUCCUAGAGAUGGGGGACACAAGGGGCCCAGGAAGGGGAGGGAAAGAAGCGGCCUCUGAGCCUCCUUCCUGUCCCAAGGGCUGGGGUCAAGGCCAAGGAUCAAGGGGCCAUAUGAGAGGUCGGCUGGGCCUGAUGAAGCAGUUGCUGAGGCAGGGGGCCUGCAUCAAUGAGAGGGAUCCAACAGGCCGGACCCUUCUCCAUCAUGCAGUGGUGAGUGGCCACCUCCCUUUGGUCCGGUUCCUGGUGCAGCGUGGGGCUGCAGUGGAUGCAGCUGAUGAGGAGCUGGUCACCCCUCUGCACUGGGCCGCCAGGCAGGGGCAGAGCCAGGUGGCUGAGCUGCUCCUGCAGCGAGGGGCACCGGCUUCAGCCAGGAGUCGGCGAGGCCUCACACCACUGCACUGGGCAGCUGCCCUGGGACACUCACUGCUGGUCCAGCGACUGCUUGCCCAUGGCUUGGAUGCUGCCAGCAUGGACAUUCAUGGGUGGACAGCACUGCACUGGGCAGCGGCAGGGAACCAGCUUCAUGUGGUAGAACUUCUGACCUGUCAGGGCAUCUCACUGGACGUCAGAUGUUCAGGAGGCCCCUGCCCCGUUCAUGUGGCAGCAGGGACAGGGAGAAGGGAGACGCUGCAGUUCCUGCUGAUCCAGGGAGCAGAUGCCAAUGCCCAAGAUGGCGCUGGGUCAACAGCCCUCACCAUUGCCUCGGACCUGGGGGAUCAGGAGGUGGUGAAGCUGCUCUUGAGCAUGGGAGCCAAUGAGGACCUUCCAGACCAACAUGGCCGCUCUGCCCUGCACCGGGCAGCUGCUGCUGGCCACCUUCCUGUGGGCCCAGCUGUGUUGGUGGAGAGGGGAGCCUCAGUGGAUGUCCGGGAUGGACUCCACCUCACGCCCCGGCACCAUGCACGCUUGGGAGGACACACUAUGGUUGCCAGCUCUCUUGACCAGGGAGCAGAAGUCAAUGGCACUGGCUGGGCUCCACAAGACCCCUUUGCACUUGGCCAUGAGAAGGGUCAUUGCUCUAUGGCAGAACUCUUACUAAGGCGGGGAGCUAGCCCCAACACUCGACACAGGCUGGAGACUGCAGAAGACCUUGCUGCCCCAGGCACUCCUCUCAAGACUCUUUGUUCCUGUCAGAAAGACCAGGAGAGAGGCAAAGCUGAGCAGGGCUCGGGCCCCUCCAUGGAGACAUCCAAACUGGAUGGACAGUCUGGGUAGGACCUAGUUUGGAGUGGUACUAUGCAUUGGCUACUUUGGGACCCUGGGAUCACAGGACUUAUAGGAGGGUCCUGGUGACUACCUGUUCCAGCUGUCUCCUUUUACAGAGGAGGAAACUGAGGGCCCACAGGGGUACAGUAAGUUGUUCAGAUCAGAUGGGUGGUGUUAGGCAUCUGAGCAUGGUACUAUUCUGAAAAUGGGAAUAACCACUUACUUUAACCAACAGCAUUACUAUGAGGAGAACAAACCCUAUAGUGAUAUGAUAAAACACUAUUUAUUGUUGUUGCUAUUAUUACGGACCACCAGAGGAACAAGUGUUUUCAAGGCUAGGUACCCCGAGGGGACAAAUGAAGGUGGGGGCUGCAGAGGUGCUAGAUGGGGCAGAGACUGUCCCAUUGCCAGGGUUUACCCUUUCCAGGGGGAAAUGGGAAUAGCAAUAACCCAAGCCCCUGGAUCUUGGCCCCAUGGCUAGCCAGCUCUGAGGCCACCAUCUUUGGAAGAAAUUUACCUAUAACAAAA